UUCGAUUUAUGUGCCAUCUGUGACACACAAUUUUGCAAUUCUAAUAAAAUAAUUGUGAAAAAAAUCAUAAAAAAAACCAUGUAUGAACUAAAAACGUUACUUCCGAAAUUUGAUAUUAAUCUGCCCAAGUGCAUGUACGAAAUGAAAAACUUGAACACAACCACCUUGGCCGAAGACACUCACUCUGGUGGUCAUGCCAGCGUCUCAAAUGGUUUUCUGAAAUUCUUUGGUAUGACUAUUACGCCCACGCCCACAGCCUCGGCCGUAAGCACGUGUUGCCCUCUCGAUUUGGAUAAACUUGGUUUGCAAAUUCAACAAAUUCUGAAGGUCUCUUGCGAUGAUGCCCAAUCAGUAGUUCAACGCCAGGAAAAAGUACUGCUACAAUUGGAUGAACUGAAAAAACAGCUGGCUGGCAUACGUUCCACAUUGGGUCUAUGCCAGAAAGGCCUUCAGCACACUUCGUUCGUUUCCUCCAACAAUGGAGGUCUGCGUGAGGAACCUUUGCACGAUAUUGUUAUAAAUGGUCAUCCAAAUUUUAUUCCCUAUGCUUUAUUGGCCAUGAAAAAUGCUUGGAAAGAGCUAUUCACUAUUGAUGUGAAAACGUUUACCCACUCCACCAUGAAUGAUAUUGGCAAAGAAGCCAAAGCUUUUGAAGAAGCUCUUAAAUCUGUGCCCAUCAAUCCCGCUUUACCAAAAGUAAAUGUUACGCUUAUCUGGAAAAAUUGUGAACAUACAGAGAUGAUUAGUUCUCCCACCAUGUAUGUGCCCAUUUAUGGUGAAGUGAAUAUCAUCAGGUAUUUGGGUCGUGUUGGGCCCACUGAAUAUCGUUAUGAAGAUUCUCUUUUAUGCAAUGAAAUUGACGCUGUGUUGGACAUUUGCUAUCAAUUGUUGCGUUGCACUACGCCCAAAAGUAAAGCUAAUAUGAUACGCACCUUAAAUAAUCGCCUACAAAAACAACAGUAUUUUGGUGGUGAUAAAAUGUCCAUAGCCGAUAUUGGUGUUCACAGUUCCUUGCGUCGUAUGCCCUCCAUAACCGAUAAAGAUUUAACGCCAUCAUUGCUUGAAUGGCGUAAACGAGCCGCUAAAGUAACUUUGAUUUAAGACAGUUCGUGACUAAUUUAGUUUAAGAAAUCGAAAAUGAAUGUGUGUGUGUGUGUGUGUGUGUAGCACAGAAAAUAAAUCGACGAAAUAUUCUGAUACUUACCAAAACUCAAGAUUGAGGUAAGAGCAACGUA